AUCUUAUUAGGUUCUUCCACAUCUUCAACACAUUUCAUUGCUCCAUCCUGGAUCAACUAUAGUAUAUAUUUUAUCGUCUCACCCAAAAAGGAGACAAAAUUAAAAGUAUAAUUAAGAGGAGAGAAUGAUGAUGAGGAUGAUAGAGCAACACAACUUGGUACUUUGCGUAGCUUUAUCAUCACUUUGCAUUGCUUUUGCUCCUUGGAUCUCUAUUGAAGCUGCCCCUCCAUCCUCUCUUAUCACACAACUCCCUGGCUUCAAAACUUCUUUCCCAUCCAAGCAUUAUUCCGGAUAUAUAACUGUUGAUGGAAAUGUUGAGAGUGGGAAGAACCUGUUCUACUACUUUGUAAGUUCCGAAAGAAAUCCAGCAAAGGAUCCAGUUGUUCUAUGGUUGAAUGGUGGACCAGGUUGUUCUAGCUUCGAUGGCUUCGUUUAUGAGCAUGGGCCAUUCAACUUUGAGGCUUCAAAAACAGAAGGGAAUCUUCCCACCUUGCAUAUCAAUCCAUACAGCUGGUCUAAGGUUUCCAGUAUUAUUUAUUUGGAUUCACCUGCUGGGGUGGGUCUCUCUUACUCCAAGAAUUCCAGCAAAUACAACACUGGGGACUUACAAACUGCAUCUGAUACUCAUGCUUUUCUCCUAAAGUGGUUUGAGGAAUUCCCUGAAUUUCUUGAAAAUCCAUUUUAUAUUUCCGGGGAGUCUUAUGCUGGAAUAUAUGUUCCCACGUUGGCUUAUGAAGUGAUCAAAGGAAUCAAGGGUGGUAUUAAGCCCGUGAUCAAUUUCAAGGGUUAUAUGAUUGGAAAUGGUGUCACGGACAACACCUUCGAUGGCAACGCUUUUAUCCCAUUUGUGCAUGGGAUGGGCCUCAUAUCCGACAGUAUCUACGAGGAAGUAAAAGCUUAUUGCAAAGGAAAUGAUAACGAAAAUGAUAUGUGCUCAAAGAGUUACCUAAAAGUUGACAGGGCCAUUGAAGAUCUUAAUGUGUACAACAUACUAGAGCCAUGCUAUCAUGGUUCAACAGGGAAUGUGAGUUUGCCAACGAGUUUCAAGCAAUUAGGGAAAAGUGAGAAGCCACACCCUGUGAGGAAGAGGAUGUUUGGUAGGGCAUGGCCCCUUAAAGCCACAGUCAAAGAUGGCCCAGUUACAUUGUGGCCCCAGUUGGCUGAAGAUGGCCACAUUCCUUGUGUCAGUGAUGAGGUAGCAACUUCAUGGCUGAAUAACCAAGAAGUCAGACAAGCCAUUCAUGCUAAACCAGAAAGUGUUUCGGGUCCGUGGGAAUUAUGCACUGGAAGGAUAUAUUACAAUCACGAUGCUGGAAGCAUGAUUCCAUACCACAAGAAACUAACGAUCAUGGGCUAUCGAGCACUAAUUUUCAGUGGUGACCAUGAUAUGUGUGUGCCAUUUACUGGAACUGAGGCAUGGACACGAUCUCUUGGAUAUAAGAUCAUAGAUGAAUGGAGGCCAUGGACCUCUAAUGACCAAGUUGCUGGAUACUUGCAAGCAUACAAUCACAACCUCAUCUUCCUCACUGUCAAGGGAGCUGGACACACAGUCCCUGAAUACAAGCCACGCGAGGCACUGGAUUUUUACAGCAGAUGGUUGGAAGGGAAAUCCAUAUAAAAUCAUAGGCCAUACCUCAACUAUGUCCGACUACUAAUUUGUUAUUAUUCGGUUAUGUAUAAUAAGCAAACUAUAUAGUGUAGCCAUACUGCCAAUGUAAAAUUGGCAGAUUUCUGGUCAGUUGUUCAAAACCAAAUAGAAGGCUUCGUGACUAAGUUUGACACACAAGGCCAAUUCCAAUUUAAGUAUAGUAUCAUUUUAAGGACAAUACAAGGUCCUGAUAAGUUACACAUGUCAAAAUAAAUAGGAUAAUUUGUCUUUUAGCAAUGCUGAGACCAACAAAAUUUAUCAUUUUGGGUCAA